CCGCAUCCGCCGUUCAUCUACGUCAUCACAGUGAGACGGUUUUACAGGAAGCAUGGAACACUGUUCAGUGUGGUAACUUUGGGACGAUGGCCAUGGAUAUGACUUUCCUCGGCACUGGUUCAGCUUACCCGUCUCCUCACCGCGGUUCCUCGGCUCUAGUGCUGCGGACGGAGGGGGAGUGCUGGUUGUUUGACUGCGGAGAAGGAACCCAGACCCAGCUAAUGAGGAGCCAGCUCAGAGCCGGUCGAAUCACCAAGGUUUUCAUCUCUCACUUGCAUGGUGACCAUGUGUUUGGUUUGCCCGGUCUCCUUUGCACAGUGAGUCUCAACAGUAACCCCGACCCUCAGCAAAACCUGGGUUGUGUGGACAUCUAUGGGCCACGGGGCCUCCGCCACUUUCUCAGGGUGACCCUUGGCCUCACAGGGUCGCAGCUGCUCUUCCCUUAUGCAGUACAUGAGCUGGAACCCACACCUGACCAGAGUCCAGAAGAGGGACACCUCAGUCUGGAGAUGACAUCAGGCCACAGUCCUCUGCACCCACAGGAACAACCGGGAAGGACGAUCUCUCUGGACAUCUCUCGUGACUGCUACCUUCUCUUUGAAGACAAGAAGUUUGUGGUCAAAGCCUUCAGGUUGUUCCACCGUGUCCCUUCCUUUGGUUUUUGCAUUCAGGAGUGUGAUCGACCUGGAAGACUGAAUACAGAACUACUGAAAGAACUAGGUCUGAAACCAGGGCCUCUGUACGGGCGUCUCAAAGCUGGGGAGUCUGUAACUUUGGAGAGCGGGCGUGUGGUGCUACCUCAGGAGGUGCUGGAGGAACCCAUUCCAGGGAGGAAAGUCUGCAUUUUAGGGGACUGUAGCUCAGUUCUGGGCGAAGGACCACUGACAUUGUGCAGUGGAGCGGAUAUUCUGGUUCAUGAGGCGACUCUGGGGAAUGAGCACCAAGAGAAAGCAGUGGACCAUGGACACAGCACACCUGAAAUGGCGGCGGCGGUGGCUCGGGCCUGCUGUGCGCAAAGGCUGCUGCUGUACCACUUCAGUCAGAGGUACAAACCCAGUGCAUUGCAGAAGGAAGGGGAUGAGGACAGUGUUUCGGAGCUCAAGAGACAGGCUGAAGAAGCGCUGCAGGACAGUGGUAUAGAAGUGACUCUGGCUGAGGACUUUAUGACUUUGCCCAUUCCUCUCAAAAGGCCAAGGUAAUGUUUAGUUUUCUCUUCAUUUCUUUUUUCCUUUAGGCAGUUGACCGCUUGUUAUACACCGAUCAGGGAUAACACAACCACCUGUACAUCUGUAUGCACUUCAAUGCAACACUUCUGCCUUAACAUUUGUGUUU